ACCACACACUGUUGCCUGAGAGACCCCGGAUGCCAGCAAAAGGAUUUAUAGGUGGUGAUUGGACUACAGGAAGCUAGAGGGUGGGGGCUGGGCAAAAUCAAAGAAAAAGCAGCUAUGGCAACACCAGCGUUUGAGGCUUGAAGAGGGAGUCGAGCUGAAAGAGGUAUAAUUCUUCUCACAGAAGAAUACCCAGUUACUCAUGAUGGCAUUUGCACCUCCAAAAAGCAUGGAUGGUCCCAAAAUGCAGACAAAGAUGAGUACCUGGACACCCUUAAACCACCAGCUUUUGAAUGACCAGGUAUUUGAAGAAAGAAGAGCUCUGCUUGGAAAAUGGUUUGACAAAUGGACAGACUCUCAAAGGAGAAGAAUCCUGACGGGCCUGUUCGAACGCUGCUCCCUGUCACAGCAAAAGUUCUGCUGUCGAAAGCUUCAGGAAAAAAUUCCAGCAGAAGCGCUGGAUUUUACUACCAAGCUUCCAAGGGUGUUAUCCUUAUACAUCUUUUCUUUCCUGGACCCCCGAAGCCUUUGUCGUUGUGCACAGGUGAGCUGGCACUGGAAGACCUUAGCAGAACUGGAUCAGCUCUGGAUGCUCAAAUGUUUACGGUUUAACUGGUACAUCAAUUUCUCUCCAACUCCCUUUGAGCAGGGAAUAUGGAAGAAGCACUAUAUUCAAAUGGUGCAAGAACUUCACAUUACCAAGCCUAAGACACCUCCAAAAGAUGGGUUUGUGAUUGCUGAUGUUCAACCAGUUACAGGCAGUUCUCCAGAGGGAAAGCCGUCUCCUUCAUCAACCUUCCGACCUUCUUCCUCUUUAAGAAAGAAGACUCACCCAGGGGAGAAAGAACUCCCACCCUGGCGAUCCUCUGACAAGCAUCCUACUGAUAUCAUUCGCUUCAAUUACCUGGACAAUUGUGACCCUAUCGAGCAGAUUUGGCGAGGAAGGAAGAAAAGACAUGAGAGGACCCCAGAUUCCAGCCGGCAGACACAUGAUAAGAAGAAUAAAUUGCAGGACAGAUCUAAGCUGAGAAAAGCACAGUCGCUGUAAAUUCUAUUCAAUUUACACACGGACGCAAGAUCUCUGAAGUCUAAUAGGCCAGGAAGACAAAAGCCCCUUGAGACACUUCACAAAAACCCAGGGGGUGGGCUUGGACUCCCCGGCCCUGGAAUUGGACUCAGAGGACCCCAGCUGACAUCUUGUUUCACGUUCUUUUUUUGCUUUUUCCUACC